UCAUCAACACAGUUUAUAGUUUUUCUUUCCAAACAAACAAAAACUUCCCCGGAAAAAUCAUCUUCUCUAGUCACAAAAACAAAAGUUUCCCUUAAGUUCAUUUAUAAUUAUUCAUCAAUGGCAUAUGAAGGAGAUCUGCAUCUAAAAGCAACAGAGCUAAGAUUAGGGUUACCAGGGAGCGAUGAGUCUGAUAAGAAGCAAUCGAUUCCCUGCGUAAGAAGCAACAAAAGAGCUUCACCAGAAAUAUCAGAAGAAUCAAGAACCAGAAGCAAUGGUUCUAGUGUCUCUAAUUGUGAAAGUGGCAGUGAUGACAGAGAUUGUGGACCUCCAGCCAAAGCACAAGUAGUAGGGUGGCCACCAAUCAGAUCUUAUAGGAAAAAUUGUUUCCAAGCAAAGCGAAAUGAAGGUGAAGGUGGUUGCAUGUAUGUUAAAGUGAGCGUGGAUGGAGCUCCUUAUUUGAGAAAGAUUGAUCUUAAGAUGUACAAAAGCUACCCAGAACUCCUCAAGGCAUUGGAGAAUAUGUUCAAGCUAACUAUUGGUGAGUAUUCAGAGAGAGAAGGGUACAAUGGAUCUAACUAUGCUCCUACUUAUGAAGACAAAGAUGGUGAUUGGAUGCUUGUUGGAGAUGUUCCAUGGGAAAUGUUUAUUUGCUCUUGCAAGAGGCUGAGAAUUAUGAGGGGAUCAGAAGCUACAGGAUUGAGCUGUUUAUGAAAAAAGAGAGAGACGGCGAGAGGGAGAAGAGAAUUAUAAUAUUGGCCAAAGGUAAAGCUAAAGAAAAAUGGCUGGCUUGUGUUCUCCAAGAAGCUAGGUUUCGAUCUUGGAUUGCAGGAAAGGAGAUGAAAGAUAUUGAUCGCAUCUUUUUAAGAUUUUGGGUUUUGUUUCCAUGGCGUCAUACCUUAAAAUACUUAUUUUUAUGUAUGCAUAUAUAUACUUGGGAAAAUAAUAAAAAAAUAUAAAAUAUCAUGGAGAUUCAACUGUACAAAGCAAAAAAAAAGAAAAGAAAGAAAACCUUACUUUCCCUCUAGACUUCAAGAUAUAUGUACGUACGUAUAAUUUAGGAUUAUAAAGAAAGACAAAGCAAUAUACCGAUUUUUGUGGAGAAGUAUGUUCUAUGUAUGUAUUACAAUUAUCAAAACUCAAAAGUAAUAACAUAUCGAAAUACAAGUUAUUUUAUCCAAGAA